CAGUAUAAAAACUCUGUAAUUUUCUGAACACAUCAUUCCGUGAUCAAUACUCCAUUGAACAACAUCACAAAUUAAAAAAAGAAUUGAAAUGGCUGGCCUUAAGAUUGUCUCGCUCUUUGCUCUCCUGUCCGCGGCUUCUGCUGGACAUUUGGGCCACUUCCAACCUUCUCCUGGGUACAAUGCAUUUGGAAACUCUUUUCAUCAUGCAUCGGCUGUGGCUGCAUCAGCUUCGGCCUACACCAGCAGCCAUGGAGCUCAUAUACCGAUAGUCAAUUUUGAAAAUGUGAACAAUGGUGACGGAAAUUAUAGAUACAGCUACGAAACUGGAAAUGGCAUAUCAGCUCAUGAGAGUGGAGCUCCCCGUGCUGCCGGUCCUGAAGGUCCCGCUGUGACGGCUGAGGGAGGUUUCUCGUACCGCGCCCCUGACGGCCAGCAGGUGUCCCUCACCUACACUGCUGACGAGAACGGCUUCCACCCCGUCGGCUCCCACAUCCCUACCCCACCUCCGAUCCCAGAAGCCAUCCUCCGCUCCCUCCAGUUGAACAGACAAAACCCCUCUUCCGACAGCGGUGCUUACAACGGUCACUUCCACGGCUACUGAAAAUCAACGACUUAACUACAACAGGACUAAACUGCUUCCUACCUACGAUGUUAUAAAUCAUUAUUGUACAGAGCAUCACUAUUUAUUUUGCAUUUAAAUGUAAUUAUUUAUUACGUGGACUUGAAAAAUAAAGAUUUGAGUUCAAAUA